AUGUCCAACUCCGCACUAGUCGGGAUCAAGUUCACGGAUGACAAGCUCGAGAUUGUCAACCAGCUUCUCCUGCCCCAUACCACCCAGUUCAUCGAGAUAACAUCCAUCGAGGACGCCCACGAUGCCAUCAAGUCCAUGAAAAUCAGAGGUGCACCCGCCAUCGCCUCCUGCGCCUCCCUCGCCCUCGUCUCCCACCUCUCAAAGGCCCUUAAAGUCUCCCCUUCACCCGACUUCCUCGCCUCGCCCGACGCUCUCGUCGCGCACGUCACCCAGAUCCUCGAGUACCUCUACACCGCGCGCCCCACUGCCGUCAACCUCGGCGCAGCGACCGCACGUCUCCGAGCGCGCCUACGCGAGUCUGUCGAGGCCGAGAAGAAAGACGUAAAGGGGAUUGUGGACGAUCUCAUCGCUGUUGGGCGCGCAAUUGCGGACGAGGAUGUGGGGAGGAACAAGGAGAUGGCGAAGUGGGGUGGAGAUUGGCUGAUCAAGCAGGUCAAGGGUGCUGGAGGGACGGGCGACGGCUUGAAUGUCUUGACGGUGUGCAAUACCGGGUCGCUGGCCACUUCGGGAUACGGAACCGCCCUCGGUCUCAUCACCUACCUCCACGAGCAGGGCAAGCUCGGAAAAGCCUACUUCACCCAGACGGCACCCUACCACCAGGGCUCGCGACUAACCGCCCUGGAACUGCAAACCCUCCAAAUACCUUCAACCAUGAUCUGCGACACAAUGGUCGGCUCGCUCUUCCAGCACCACGAGAUCCACGCGGUCGCGGUGGGCGCAGACCGCGUCGCGCGCAACGGCGACACCGCGAACAAGAUCGGAACGUACCAGGCCGCCGUGCUCGCCGCGCGGCACAACAUCCCGUUCAUCGUCGUCGCGCCAGUGAGCACCGUCGACAUGAGCAUCGCCGACGGGGCGAGCAUACCCAUCGAACACCGCCCCGCGCUCGAAGCCUGCCUCGUGCGCGGCGCACUGCACCCGCCGACGCACGACGCGACGGGCGGCAAGAUCCUGGCCGAGGUGAUGAUCACCCCGCCCGGGCGCGCCGCUGCGGGCGUGUACAAUCCGAGCUUCGACGUCACGCCCGCGGAGCUGAUCACCGCCGUCGUUACGGAGAAGGGCGUCGCGACGCGGGACGAGGGCCAGGUGGUGUUUGAUCUGAGCGGGGUUGUUUGAUGUUUGUUUGAUGUUGAGGGAGAGGGAGAGAGGGGGUGGUAGGGCGGCUGGGGUUGCUCGAGGGAAGGGCGGAAGAUACGCACAUGUACAUACUACUUUUUCAUACUUCAUGCAUGGUAGAUCUAGGUUUCGGAGUAAGCGAUGCAGCGCUCUGCAGUCUUUCGAAAUAUUUUCAAGUAGCUCGUCUCGAGCACUAAGAAAAACACU